GCCAACCUCUACGGUUGUCUGACCAUAAGACAUCCCGAGGGCGCUGUGGCCAAGCGGCUGGCUUCAUAUUGUUCACUCGCUGCUAAAGGCGGCAGAGGCCCAGUGGGACCUUGGCCUGAACUGAAACAACUCUAUGGAUCUUAGUGCAGACUCAGGGACACUCCCCACCCACCACACUGUAGGAGAACCUGCGAUGGAGCAGGAGCUGUCUCUGUCCAGCACUCGCUGUCAGACAGAAAGUGGAGGCACUAUCUUACUACAGUUGUUGGAAUUUAAAACUCAUCUACUUGAAGCUGUGGAGGAGCUCCAUAUUCGAAGGGAUGCAGAGACACGCUUUGAGGAUCAGAUCAGUAAACUGGUGUUGGAGAAACAGGAGCUGGAGUGGGAGAAGGGAACACUACAACAUCAAACUGAAACAGUGGCAAACCAACACACAGAGUCACUCAUCAAUGUUAAGAAGCAGUUUCAGGCCAAAAUAAGAAACAUUGAGGAGGAGAAGGGGAAAUACCAGGUCAGUGCUGAGUUAAAAGAGAAGGAGAUUAAAAACCUGAAAGAAGAGCUGAAGUCGCUACAGCUGCUGAAGUACAACUUGGAGAAGAAGUCAAACGAGCUGGAACAGAAACUAGCGUUGCAGAGCAGGUCAAAGGACAGCCACUUGAACCAGCUGGGGGAGGUUGAGAAACGUUUCAGUGCUCUGUCAAGGCAGUGUGCCAUGGUCAAGCAGGCCCACGAGAAACUAGAGCAGAAUGUUGAUGAGGCCAUGAAAAUAAAUAAGAAACUGAUCUCUGCCAAUGAAAAACAAGAAGAAACUAUCGUUUCACUGAAGAAGGAGCUGGAGGAAGUCAGUAUCAAGCUGAUCAAGGCCAAAAUGUCAUCAGUUAGACAUGAUAAGACCCACAGUCCUACAGGCAGAGAGCAGCGUAUACAGCAGCUGCACUUGAAACUGAACCUGGAAACUGAAAUGAGCAAGAAACUCGGGGAGGAAAAUGUAGCUUUAAGAGCAGAAAAGCUGGAGGUGAUGAGGUCUCUGCAGCAUACCCAGCAAUUGCUGUUGAGUCAGACACAGACAGUAAGCAGAGUAGAGCUGGAGCUGCAGACACAAAGAGAGCAGUACCAGGCCCUUAAGCAGGAACAUGAGGUGAUGCGAAAGAAAAGUAGGGCAGCGGAAGACAAGGUGGCCCUACUGAUGGAGAGCUACGCUGCUUUCAAGACCAACUGGGACAAAGAGAAGGCAAUGCUUCAAGAUUGCAUCAAGAGUGAGCAGCUGGAUGUUCAAGCUGUGAAAGAGGCCUAUGAUGAACUUCAUCAGAAACACACUGAACUGUCCUCACAGGCCAAAGUGCAGGAUCAGCAUAUAUAUGAUUUGGAGAUUAGAGACAGCAGUCAGAGCCACAGUGUGUCUACCCAGCUCUUCCCCGCUUUAAUGGAGGAAAUAGGAGCAGAGGAAACUCUUAAUGAACCCAUCUCCAGCUCUGAGUCACCUAGCAUUGGCGGUCUGAAGUACUUGGCCUUCACUCAGACCAAAAACCCAGACUGUCUGGAGGAGACAGGAGCUGUGACUAGGCUAAUUACUACUGGAGAAACUGGAGGACAAGACACGCCAAACCACCAUCAACAAUCUCAGUUCCAACAGCCCCUAAACCCCUCAAAAACAUUUACCUACCCACUUACCAACAAUAACCAUUUCAUACUCCGUAAUGUCUCUGACGGCAGUGACAGCAACAUAUUAAAUAAAUACAUAAAUAACUCUAACACUAGUGAGAGUGAUCCUGGUGUAGUUUCAGAUUUAAUCCAGACUGCUUCCUCUGUGUCUGAUGAUGAUCUGCUGAUGAGCAAAGGUAGCUGUGUGAGCCACACAUCAACAUCAACGGAGAAGGAACAGGGAUGGAAAGAUGAUGUGAAACGAGGAAAAAACAACCAAGAAGAGGAGGAAAGAAAUGAGGAGCAGCAGUGGAAUAGAGAAGAAGUCGAAGGAGAAGAUGUGAUGGAGGGAGGAAGUGCUGGAGAAAAGAGAGGAACACUCAUGACCCAAACAACAGAUAGAGCAGACAGACGAGAGGAUAGCCAGCGGUCAACAGAGGACGUACGGGACACCAAACAGCCUGAAACAGAAACAAAAGAUAGAGCAGAGGGAGAAGGGACAGUUGGAAUGGAGGAAAGAGGAAAGACAGGACCAGAAACUCAGAUACCGACCCAGACGACGACUGAUACGACUACUGGGAAGUGCGACACACAGCAGGUCAUUGACUUCAUGGACACUGAGCCACCUCUGGCUGCCUGUGAGCCUUCAGACUGCUCACACAAAGUCAGUGAGAAGGAUGCUGACUCCAGCCAUGUAGAUGAAGGAUCUGAGAUUCGAAGAGAAGUACAUACCUUUUGUUCUGAUGAGCACCAAAGUGUCAGUCAUGGGCCAAACUCUAUCAUUCAAGAGAAGCAACGCCUCUGCCACCAUGAGGUCCAAACCUGUGCUCAAGACACUGAGUUACCUACUCACUCACUUCAUCAAGUUUUUGAGAAAAUCACAGAAGAGAAGCCAGCCGACAAAUCAGCAGCCAGCAUCCCCACUGAAGUCUCUGAACCUCAUUCAAAUAUUUGCUGCUCACAGACAAAUAUUGCUGCUCAGUCUGAUAAUGAUGUCAGUAUCCAAGAGUUAGAGACACCAGAGACACAACCGAGUAAUCCUUCUGGCAUUAUCAGCAACAUGAAGCAAGCAGAUGAAACGGGUGAUACAUAUGUGAGUGAAGAGUUAAUGAGACCAACAAGUCAGGAGAUCUCAGAGCAGGAGCGUGGAGAGCCGAGGACUCCAACUGAUAAUGAGGACGGUGACUGUAGUGCAUAUAAAAAGAUGGAACGUCAGUCAAAUGUAGACACAUGUGAAAACAAUGCCUGGCAGGAACCUGUGGAAAAUGCCUGUGCUGAUAUCACAAUAGACAAUGUGAAAAAUGACCAAAUAAACGGCGCAGGAGAUACAGAGACGACUAAAAGUAAAUCUGAUUUGACGCUGUCUGUUCACCCGAGUCAUGAGAAUGAUGCAUCGCCAGAGAUCGCCAGUGUAAAAUGCUCUGGGCAGUCUCCAGCAAAAGAAAUGCUGCUGGAUUACAUUAAUGAGUCAUCUCUCCCCAGCAAUAAGAUGUACAGGUCAUCGUUUGACUGGGUCAGUGCCCGCAGAAAAACAGAAAGCUCAACCACCAAGUCCGAUGUCUCCGGCCUGCAUCAGUUUGUUCAGGGACCUCCACUGUCUGAUUCUGGUGGACUCCUCACACAUCCUCCCAGCACGGUACCCAUGUUCCUCAAUAGCAAGCACAGCAAAGUCCCCUUGGUGAUUACCAAGGCGUCGGAUCUGUUGAAUGCCUCCAGUGUCUCUGGGACUGCAGCUUCCUUGAGGAGACACCAGCACGGAGAGUGGAAGGCAAUGGGAGAGACAGCAACGGCAGACAAGGUGUCCAUCAGUUCUUUUCCAUUCUCCACAUUGUCCCUCCCAGUCAGCAGCCUGCCAUGGCAGACCACCCCAGGGUGUAGCAGAGCUCCUACCUCAGCUACAGGUCUGAGUUCAGAGUCAGACAGGGAACCCUCAUGCUCCCAGGAGAGGGAGGACCAACAGUCAUCCUUCAGAGCCCAGAUCUCCAAAAUUGAACAGUUCCUCAACACAGAGAGGCUCCGUCUUCCCAAAAGACGAAGAACUGAAAACUAAACCACCAAAACAUAUUUUCUAAUGAGGGGUGUUACUGUAUCUGUUGUUCCAUUACAAAAGCCUUCUUCUGGUACUACUACAGUAGUGCAGGUUUAAAUGUUUGACCCCUUUCAACUUAUAGAUUCCUUUCUUAUUACAUUUAAGUGGGUUUUUUUUGCAAAGUUGUAAGAGCCUAAACAGUGAAGAAGUGUGCAAGGGUUUUUUGCUUAUAUCAUUGCCUGUUCACAUUACAUUUCUACAUCUUGUUCGACUGGCACACCACUUAUUUGUUGUUGUUGGAUUGUCAUUGUGUAUCUGUGGGUUGAUUAUUCCACUAGAAGUUUAUAUAUUUAUGUCAUUAUACUGUAGUUUAAAUACUUUAUUUUACAUUCAGUUAUGUAAGCAGUGUUGAAAUGCAUCAUCAAAAAUAAUACAUUUGAAUUUACUUGACAUUUAAUAGCUUUAUGAAGUGGUCUGUUGUACCAGUUGUUUCCUAAUAAACUAAAUAAAAGACGUUA